UAUUCCAAGUCUUCGAACAGCUCAAUGAAACGAAUUGUUGAUAGUUCAGAACACCUGUAAUGCGUGGCUUAUUACAAGUGUAAAGAGUGUGUGCGAUAAGAUCGGAGUAUUAUAACCCCAAAACGAUCAUAGUAUCACAAAAUUUAACCUCACUUUUCCUGAUUUAACUUUGCUUGAUCAAACCUAUUGAAAGUUAUUUUAUCAUUGCUUUUUCUAAACUGGUAAAAAAUAGUUGCAGAUUACUUUUGAAUCGUACCAAUGAAUCUCGACCCCUGUGUUAUCUGUUUCAAACACUGUUGUUCAACUUCUAUCUAUUGUAAACAAGUACCAGCUAUCUGUCCCGUUUGUAAUGCAACUAUAUUAGAAUACUUAUUGGAACCAUUCCGUCUACCAAAUCCCUUUGUUAACGCCAGGGAAUAUCCAGUGACAGUUGUACUAAGACCAUCGCGAGGCGAUUUUUUGAACGACUAUACGAUUACCGAUGAUUUGCAUAUUGGUGUGGUAGAUUCUAAGGGGAAUAUAUUUGAGUAUGAUGAACCUGGAGUGAUAAGGAAUGACUUUUCUAGCUGGCUAAACUGUCUAGCAUUUAACAUUGUACCUGAGUCUUGGAGCGAUCAUUGGGACACAACAAUACAAAAAAUAUCAAAUGACAAAAAAUGGUCUCGCCAAAAUUAUAACCAAGAUUCUUUAAACUGCUUCAAUUUUGUUCUUGAAUUUUUAACACAGUUGAAUUAUAGCGGUGCUUUAUUUGCUAGCAAAGAGGAAUUUUGCGAAAGCUUUGUUAUUCCCAAAUUUCAGGAUGCUCUGAAGUUUCUCACCCUUUACAGACGGCUCAAAUAUGUUGAUCAUUUUUGCGGAAAUUAUUAUUUAUACCUGCCUGCGUGAAUUAUUUCUAACACGAAUCCUCGAUCUUUGUCAGAACUAAUAUAUAGCUCAGUAAUCACUUGCAGAUAACUAAAAGAAAUUAUUUCUUCUGU